AUGAAGACGACGACGGAGGACGAGCGUUUCGGCGAAAUUCGCGAUCUCGAUCCCACAAGAGAGAGGCGGGGGAAUCAACGCCGCCGCUACUACGCAGGAGUGGCAAGCACCCGCCACCGCCCCACCAGGACAACGUGCGCCGCUUCUGACCCUUCGUCGGAGCUGGUGCUAGACCCGUCCCGGCGCAGUGAUGAUGAUAGUACUUUCAACGACAUCGAGGGCAUCUCCAACGAUGAUGAUGCGCGAUUAUCGCAGCGGGCCUUGCUGCUCGCGACAGGAGAUUCCGAGAAGCAGCAGGAGGAGGAGAAGGAGCAAGAGGAGACCGGGUGGGUUGGGGAAACGCUCAGCAAGGGUGCGGAGGCAGUGGUCAGCGGGGUGAAGAGUGCGGCCCGGGCUUCGAAGCCGUUGAGACGAGAGGCUGAUGGUCGCAUCGUGCCUGAUGGAGACGGAUUGUUGAACUUGUGUAUUCUGGUGUUCUCGGGACUAUGGAUCGUGCACUCCAUCGUUACCGUUGACGCCACCAUGUGGAGGGGCUGGACUCUCCAAGAAACGUUGAUACGGCUCCCUUGGGACAACUGGGACAGCUACGAGAUGGGUCUGCUGGAGCACCCGAUCAUCACGAAGACCGCGAUCAACGUCGGCAUCUACCUCAUCGGCGAUUGGCUGUCGCAGGUGAAAUGGGGAAGAGAAGAGGACGUGGCUCUGUGGGAGUUUGACCUCCAACGGACCCUGAGGAACGGCUUGAUCGGUGCAUGUUUCGGUCCAGUGGUUCACUUCUACUACAACUUCUCCGACUGGGUCCUCCCGCCUAGUGUGCCGAUAAAUCGACCCUUCAAGAUUAUGCUUGACCAGUCCAUCUACUUCUGCUCCAAGUGCGCCGUCUAUAUCUUACUGGUAAGCUUGUUGCGAGGGGAUUCGUUCGAGGAGGCGAGGGGCACGGUGAAGAAGAAGCUCAAGGGGGUUGUGACGACGGGGUGGCGCUUCUGGCCGUUCGUCCACAUCUUCACCUACUUCUUGAUUCCGCCGAGGCACCGCGUGCUGUGGGUCAACUGCGUGGAUCUUUUGUGGAGUUCGAUUUUGGCGGGCAUGACAUCGGGGGCACCUGCUCCUGACGAGGAUGCUGGAGAGGGAGGGGGAGAGGGAGAAGAGCUGCUGACCGCCGCCCCCGAGGCGGUGCCGAACAGGCGGUCGGAUAACGUGGGAUAUUAGCGCUCGCGGACCCUUGCCGGAAGCUCAGCUCUGUCUCCAGGUUGUACACGUGAUGGGAGGUUUCGACUAGCAAGUGGUGCUUGCGUUCGACCGUCGGGGUGGGUGGGUGCGGGAGGUGUUGCUGGAGACCGUGAGGAGUACAGGCUGGGGGGGGAGGACACAGGCCAAGAGGAAACCGGUUAAAAUGAUGCGUUGCUGCGAGAGAUAAAUCGUGCUGAUGGACGUUUUUGUGUGAUUCGGGACCCGUUUUUGUGGUGGUGUGCGAGAGCCUGGAACAACUGCAAAUCACUUGGUUGUGCCGUUGAGUUGGUGAUAAUUCGACUGUAGAUGGAUUCGUUGCGCAAGUCGUGGCUUGAACUUUGCACUCCAUUCUCGACACAGCGCACUUGGGCUUGUCCAAAGUUGCCCUCGCUCAGGGGAGUAGCUGGGAACACCGCUAAGCACCGAGAUUUGCACCUCGUCAUUUUGCUGUGCUCAUGGGUGUGGGCGGGCAGCAACGGGACUGACUGCUGUGAAGUCCGAACGUGAGUGUUCCAUUCGAGGCUGGCCAGAAACGAACUAUGGGGAAGAUAUCCUUUGGUUGUUCCAAGACGAAGUGGGUUUACGCCGUUGUUUGCAGAUGGGCGUUAUGAGUGAUGAUGAAACUUGACCGCUACUGUUCGUAUUGAAGCGAAAGGUUUUGCCAUGCGUGUACAUGUCUUUGGGUGUUGGAUUUUUGUCAGAUUCGUUGUUUUAUUGAAUUAUUUGU